GUGUUUGAUCCCCUUAGAUUUUCUCCAGAAAAUACCAUCAAAAGACAUUCACACGCUUUCCUGCCCUUUUCUGCUGGAGGAAGAAACUGUAUUGGACAGAAUUUUGCGAUGAAUGAGGUGAAGGUUGCUGUGGCGCUCACUUUACAGAGGUUUGAAUUGUACCCGGAUCCCAGAAACAAACCCAUAAAGACUCAGCAAUUCGUUUUGAAAUCCUUAAAUGGAAUCCACUUGAAUCUGAAGAAAAUAGACCCUAUGAAAGAGAAAGACUGGUAA